GUUAAAUGGUUAGUAAACGGAUUAGUAGUUUUGUUUUAAAUUGUGAAUUGAAAAAAAUAAUAUAAUAUUGAAAAAUAUGAUAAAAUCAGAGAAGAACUACAAGCCCUAUGAUGUGGUAUUAGAGUGUCCACCGUUUGUCCAUAAUAUUAGCGAUAAAUAUAAAGGACAGGUAUGUGACAACUGUUUGGCCAAAAGUGAUGCUUUGAAGAGAUGUUCGGUCUGUAAUCACAUGUUUUAUUGCGACCGAAACUGUCAGCGCAACGACUGGAGGGCCGGACAUCGAUAUGAGUGCCAGAUAUUGAAGAGUCACUACCAGAAGCUGGUCGAUGAAUACGAUUUGGCCGCACUAUUGUUCAGAUUGUAUCUGAUUAUCAAAGCUGAUCCACAAAUUGUUUAUAAGAAGUACGACUCAGUUGGCGGACAGCAGAGAUGUUUUGCCGAAUUGAUGUCACAUCGCGAAGAUAUAUUGCGAGACCGGUUUAAAGUCGAUGUUAUACUAGACUUACACCAAAGGAUCAGUUCCUGUGGUGUGGAACUACCUAUUGAUGAUUUGGUCGAUUUGUUUGGAAAAUAUACUAUCAAUUCGUUUGAUAUAGUAUUUACUGAUAUGUUUCAAUCACGUAUAUCAUGUGGUGGCGGUAUAUUCAUCGGUGCGUCCGUUUUGGACCAUUCGUGUGCAUUCAAUGUUUAUGUCCAAUCUGUGGGCAACAGAUUACAGGUAAUCGCUGACCAAUAUAUUACCGCCGGCGACGAGUUGACCACUUAUUAUAUAAAUCCAAUGAUUCCAACUGUUCUCAGAAGAAAACUAUUGAAACAGAAAUACUAUUUUGAUUGUAUCUGUCGUUUAUGUAAAUGA